GUCACAUUCCGUGCCGUCUGAGUUGCACGAGCAACAUGGCUAGAACCUUCCUCUACUUUGCGUACGGCAGCAACCUUCUCGCGAAGAGGCUUCUGUUAAAGAACCCUACGGCACAGUUUUUACAUACAGCCAGGCUGGAUGACUACCGCUUGACGUUUGACUCGCCGAGAGCUACCCACACGAUGCCAUGGGCGGGAGCGCCUGCCACCAUCAGGAGAUGCCCCGGAUCCUGUGUCUGGGGCGUUAUAUGGCAGCUUGAUAUGGCCGACAGCGACAAUCUGGACAGUAUGAAUCAUAACGGUUGUGAUCUACCAUCAGAACUUGAUAUGGCCGACAGCGACAAUCUGGACAUGCAGGAAGUAUUUUACCAACGCCGGACUGUGACAGUAACGACACCCGACGGCACAACGUACACGUGUCGGACGUACGAACUCGACGGGGAAUUUGAUAUUUCACAUACACCAUCCCCUCAGUACAAGGACGUGAUUGUGAGGGGAGCGAAACAAAGUGGUUUACCCCAAGCUUAUAUCUCCCAGCUGGAGGCUAUAGAGGACAAUGGAUUCCAAGGAGAGAUUCAAGUCUACAACACACUUAUAUGUCAACUGGAAAAACAACAACAACAAUGACACGGGUUCGUUCAGUGUUAUAGCUUCUUUGUAUAAUGGCUGAAAGUUACUGAACGAUGUAUUUUGUGUCUACCUUCAGUGCUAAAUCCGUCUGAAUAUUCUAUUAGCGUUGCUCCGGGAUCUGU